AUGUACAGACAUACAAGUCUCUCCGGGCGGGCCUUGCGCAUGGCCCAGGUCAUUCUCGUCGUUGCCCCGGCUUUUAUCAUCUUUGUUUAUAAUCAGGCUGGUGCUGGGCCUCUUGCUACACUCCAGAGCUGGGUCAAAGUCUUCCCUCAAAUCGAUACGGUCAAUACCCAUGGUGCUAUCAAAGCGAAGAAUUUCACCGGCAAGGGCGCGGGGAUAGCUGCCUUUCAGAUUGGAGCACUUAUUGGUGCGCUCCCUUGCACUUUUAUCUCCGAGCGUCUUGGUCGUCGAAAGACUAUUUUCUGUGGAGCGAUCUUGACUAUGAUCGGUCAAUUGCUGCAGACAUCGGCCUUCUCCUUAAUCCAGUUCACAGUAGGACGAAUCAUUGUGGGUAUGGGCAUUGGACAAUUCCCGUUUGGCAGCUCUGCUGCUGAGAAUCGUGGCAAGCAUGUUAUUGCCGAUGGUAUCUUUAUGUGCUUGGGAUAUGCACUUUGCAAUUGGGUCGACUUUGGAUUCAGCAGGCUCCCACACCAGACUACCGGACAAUGGCAUGGACCUCUUGCUAUCUCUUUCUUCCCAUCCCUCGUGAUUCUGGCCUCAGUUUUCAUCAUGCCAGAGUCACCUCGUUGGCUGGUUCGAGUCAACCGAGUGGAGGAAGCAUCUGCCAGUCUUCCUGCAUAUAAGGGAGUAGCUCCCGACGAUGAAGCAGUCAAGGCUGAAAUCGCCGGCAUUGAGCUAUCUCUUGAGGCCACCGCCAAGUCAAAGGGUGGUACCCCGAAAGAUGUUCUCAAAGGGCGAUGA